GCGCCCCGCGCGUCCCCGGGCCAGCAUGGAGCUCCCGGAGCCCGAGCUGAUCCGGCAGAGCUGGCGGGCGGUGAGUCGCAGCCCGCUGGAGCACGGCACCGUGCUGUUCGCCAGGCUGUUUGACCUGGAGCCCGACCUGCUGCCGCUCUUCCAGUACAACUGUCGCCAGUUCUCCAGCCCCAAGGACUGCCUGUCGUCCCCCGAGUUCCUGGACCACAUCAGGAAGGUGAUGCUCGUGAUUGACACUGCAGUGACCAAUGUAGAGGACCUGUCCUCGCUGGAGGAGUACCUUGCUGGCCUGGGCAAGAAGCACCGUGCAGUGGGUGUGAAGCUCAGCUCCUUCUCGACGGUGGGUGAGUCCCUGCUCUACAUGCUGGAGAAGUGCCUGGGCCCUGCGUUCACACCAGCCGUGCAGGCCGCCUGGAGCCAGCUCUACGCGGCCGUGGUACAGGCCAUGAGUCGAGGCUGGGAUGGCGAGUAAGAGGCGGCCCCUGCCCGGCAGCCUCCAGCUGGCGGCCCCCAUCGGUCUGUGUCUGUCUGUUGCUCUGUGUCUGUGGUAGCCCAGGCUCCCUUAGGCCCCCCUCAUCUUGGUCCUUGUCCCCUUGGCCGUCCGGGAGAGGUGAUAGAGCAGGACUGGGUCUCCGUCCCCCUCACCUCCAAGUGAGACGAGGGUGGCUUUUCCUUCAGGAAGGGGCUUCUGGAUUUCCCCGACCCCUAGGAGCCUCUUCCCUGCCUGCCUUCUUUUCCCUCUGGCAUCCCGCCUCUGCUGGGAGAGGGGCAGUGUUUGGCCACAGAGGUGGCAUGGCGCUGGGAAGGUGGAGAGCUCGGAGAGCAUGGGUGCUUGUCACCCACCCUCGUCAGGUGGGCCCGGGCCAAGCAGGGGAGUGGGAGGCAGAGCUUCGGGCCCCUUCCCAUUUCGCCUGCCUUCCAUGCUUUUCUCUCCCAGGAGCAUCUGCCUUUCACAAGUAAAGAGGAGGGACUUUGUUAGCCUUCAGGGUGGAAUCCCAGGUAGUGGGAGCAGGUAAUCAAGGGAGCCGCUGAGGACGGGAGAGCUGACCUCAUCUGGGUCUCAGAUGCCCCUGCCAUGUACUUUUUCUUUUGCUGUGUCCUGUUCCUGUUCCCCCAUUCAGGCUGCCGCUGGGAGCUCCUUUAGUACCACUAGGACCACUCUCUGCAGGAACCGGCUAGCCAGCCGGGGGCGGGGGGCGCGGCGGGGGCGGGGGGGGGGUAGUGCAAGGAAGGAGGGGUGAUUUCAUUCCAGAGAGGCCUGAGUUCUGGUGGCUGUUCCUCACCACCCCCUCCAGCAGGGCUGGGGCUUAUCUCCCCCCAGCCUCCUUUCUGCCGCUGCUCAUGUGGACUGUGGGGCCCACAGCUCCCCACGUUCAAUACCUGGUGUGUGCCUGGAUGUAGGCUGCUGGAUAGAAGAGAGUGUGACAGGGGAGGCCCUCUGCCCUCGCCCCGAGCUGUCUGCACUUUUACCUUCUGCUCCGUGCCGUGGUUGUAUAAACUCAUGAGGAAUAAACCUGUUCUGUGUGCCUCUCUGA